GGAGGGUCACUGCAACCCAGCCUCUCCCUCUUUCCACUGCCUCCUCCUGCCUUCCUGGAGAACUCAAAGGCCCUGGCCAAAGUUGAGCAACCCACAUGGGAGCCCUGCCUGGGAGACCAUCAGAAGCUAGAGCGGGAAGCCCGCAUCUGCCGCCUGCUGAAACACCCCAACAUCGUCCGACUCCACGACAGCAUCUCUGAGGAGGGACACCAUUACCUGAUCUUCGACCUGGUUACUGGUGGGGAGCUGUUUGAAGACAUCGUUGCCAGGGAGUAUUACAGUGAGGCUGAUGCUAGUCACUGCAUCCAGCAGAUCCUGGAGGCCGUGCUGCACUGCCACCAGAUGGGGGUGGUGCACCGAGACCUGAAGCCGGAGAAUUUGUUGCUGGCCUCCAAGCUCAAGGGUGCCGCGGUGAAGCUGGCAGACUUUGGCCUGGCCAUAGAGGUGGAGGGGGAGCAGCAGGCGUGGUUUGGGUUCGCAGGGACACCUGGAUACCUUUCCCCAGAAGUUCUGCGGAAGGACCCAUAUGGGAAGCCUGUGGACCUGUGGGCCUGCGGUGUCAUCCUCUACAUCCUGCUGGUUGGGUACCCCCCGUUCUGGGAUGAGGACCAGCACCGCCUGUACCAGCAGAUCAAAGCCGGCGCCUAUGAUUUCCCAUCACCAGAAUGGGACACCGUUACCCCAGAAGCCAAGGAUCUGAUCAACAAGAUGCUGACCAUCAACCCAUCCAAACGCAUCACAGCUGCCGAGGCCCUUAAGCACCCUUGGAUCUCGCACCGAUCCACCGUGGCCUCCUGCAUGCACAGACAGGAGACCGUGGACUGCCUGAAGAAGUUCAAUGCCAGGAGAAAACUGAAGGGAGCCAUUCUCACCACUAUGCUGGCCACCAGGAACUUCUCUGGAGGGAAGAGUGGGGGAAACAAGAAGAACGAUGGUGUGAAGAAAAGAAAGUCCAGUUCCAGCGUUCAGUUAAUGGAAUCUUCGGAGAGCACCAACACCACCAUUGAGGACGAAGACACCAAAGUGCGGAAACAGGAAAUUAUAAAAGUGACAGAGCAGCUGAUUGAAGCCAUAAGCAAUGGAGAUUUUGAGUCCUACACGAAAAUGUGCGACCCCGGGAUGACAGCCUUCGAACCUGAGGCCCUGGGGAACCUGGUCGAGGGCCUGGACUUCCAUCGAUUCUAUUUUGAAAACUUGUGGUCCCGGAACAGCAAGCCCGUGCACACCACCAUCCUGAAUCCCCACAUCCACCUGAUGGGCGACGAGUCAGCCUGCAUCGCCUACAUCCGCAUCACGCAGUACCUGGACGCGGGUGGCAUCCCCCGCACCGCCCAGUCGGAGGAGACCCGCGUCUGGCACCGCCGGGAUGGCAAAUGGCAGAUCGUUCACUUUCACAGAUCCGGGGCGCCCUCCGUUCUGCCCCAUUAGUUGAAGGACCAGGCCGGGGUCCCUGCGUUGCUGUGCUGCGGAGAUCCAUUCUUUGUCUAUGGAACGUGGCUGCUGGUUCUCCCACUUGGAUUUUGCUGGAAUUACCUCCAUCGCGUCAGCCCCCCCCCCCACUGUCAUCUCUGUACCUGCAUCAAGAAAACCUGCUUGAUCACAGAAGCGUCACGACUUCAGAGCAAGUGGCCAAAUCUCCCUGCCUACCUCUCACUCUCGCUUGUCUCCCCUGCCAGAGUGGGGCUUCCUCAGGCUUGGGUGCCCGGGAUGCUGGCCCCAAACCCCCUACCCACUGGCUGUUGUUGGCCGGGUCUCGCUUGGCUGUAGGCUCAGCAGGGGCUGGAGAGGACGAGGGGCGGAAUAGGAAUGUGGCAUCUGCCCGUCCCUCUCCCGGAUCUCUCCUCUUCUGGAGUCCUCCCCAGAAUCCCCUGAUCCCCUGAAGGAGAGGGUGAGAGAGGAGCAGACGCCAGGAGCCUCCUGCCUCAGACUGCUUCCUGCACUCUGCUCCCCUCUGCGUGGACAUUGCCUGGGUCUUCUGACCCUCCCCCUCCGUGUGGGGGGCGCCACCCCUCGGGGGGGGGGCCCACCUGCUUUCCGCUUCCUUCUGGUGACGUUCACCUCCAACAUCCACCUGCCCCACCUUCCAUCGUCCCCGGAGAAUUCCAGCUUCAUCCUGUCUGAGAGAGGGAAUUGUUUUUCGGGGACAAAAGAAAGCAACACCUAGGUAUCACUUCUACUUGGGCCGCAUGCCUUUUUAUAGCCAACUUCUGUGUACUUGGUAAAUGGAUUUCGCGUUAA